GGGCAGAAGGCAGGGUUUGUUUUAUACCCUUUAGCUGUAACUGUCGAUUUUGCUUCAAAGAAGGAGAAGAAGUCCAUAUCCAUCUCCCUCUCUUUGCGGUCAAUUCCUUAGAAGUAACAUUUGGCCUCCAAAAUGCUGUUAAAAGCCAUUCCAAACAUCUUUCCUUGAACCUCAUAAACCCUGUUUUAGACUUUUAUCUGUUUUUCAUUGCUUCAAACUUCAAAGGGUUACGAUUGUUUACUUAAAAAAGAAAUUUUAACAAAUGGGUUUUGAUCAGGAGAUAGGCGGGGGAGCGGAAGAGAUUCUUCUCAAUCACCCAGACCCACUUGUCUUAGAACUCAAUAGACUCCAGAACCAACUCAAAGAGAAGGAUAGAGAACUUGGAGCUUCUUUGAAUGUAAUCAAAGGACUAAAAGGGACUGAAGUCCUAAAGGACAAGGCCAUUGAAGAGCUCGCCAAUGAAUUCAAAAAGAUGGAUGAUAAGCUGAGGAUAACUGAAAAUUUACUCGAACAGAAGAAUCUUGAAAUAAAGAAACUGAAAGAUGAGAAGAAAGAAGCAUUGGCUGGACAAUAUGCUGCAGAAGCAACUCUGAGAAGGGUUCAUACUAAUAAUCAAAGGGAUGAUGAUCUUGUCCCCAUUGAAUCCAUUCUUGCUCCUCUUGAGUCUGAGAUUAGAAUGUACAAAAACGAGAUUACAUCUCUUCAAGAAGAUAAAAAGGCGUUGGAGAGACACACCAAGUCAAAGGAAGCAGCCUUGCUUGAAGCUGAAAAGAUCUUGACAAGUGCCUUAGAAAGAGCUUUAAUAGUGGAGGAGGUUCAAAACCGUAAUUAUGAGCUGAAAAGACAGAUUGAAAUAUGCCAGGAGGAGAACAAGAUCAUGGAGAAGACCAACCGCCAAAAGGUUUUAGAGGUUGAAAAGCUAAGCCAAACCAUUGAAGAACUCGAGGAAGCCAUUCUUGCUGGUGGAAUGGCUGCAAAUGUUGCUCGUAAUUUCAAGAGACAGAUUUCUGAAUUACAAGAGGAGAAGAGAACUCUCGAGAGGGAGCUGGCGAGAGUUAAAGUUUCAGCAAACCGAGUUGCGACAGUUGUGGCUAAUGAAUGGAAAGAUGAAAAUGACAAGGUUAUGCCAGUCAAACAAUGGUUGGAAGAUAGGAAGCUUUUGCAGGCUGAAACACAACGGCUUAGAGAUAAACUUGUGGUAUCAGAAAGAACAGCAAAGGCAGAAGCUCAACUCAAGGAUAAACUCAAAUUGAGGAUCAAGACUUUGGAAGAUGGUCUAAAGAAUAUGUCAGCAUCUCAGAAGGCUGUAAAAUCAGUUCCCCUGUUCGGAUUCUUGUCUGGAAACAGUGGCACAAGAAAGAGAUCAAUAUCGCAGCCAAUAUCUUCGAUCAUAAGCUCUCCGGCGAUACAACUGAAUGUGCAGGAUGAGAAUUUGCUUAGGAAGAGUUUGUGGACAACUAGGAAUAAGGUUGCAGACUGCGGAGAAAAAGAAAACAAGGAAAUAAAUGAAAAUGAGAUGUCAGAAAAUGGAGAUGAUGAUGAUAUUGUUUCAGGGUUCUUAUAUGAUAGGCUUCAAAAAGAGGUAAUUGCUCUAAGGAAGCAGUUUGAUAUGAAAGUCAACAAUUUGAAUGAAAAAGAUGAAGAAAUCAAGAUGCUUAUGAAGAAAAUCGAUACACUAACAAAAAUGAAGAAGGAAUCUGUAACAAGCUGUGAAAAGGAAAUGGCAAUGUCCACCACCAAGAUGGGAGAUGGUGGAAAAAAGGAUUGUAACUCUAAAUCUGUCAAAAGGGCAACUAAAGCAGGUUGAAGAUUAAAAGAAAUGGGCGACACAGUGGUCUAGAAGCUUGAUUCUGUGGUGGGCGGUGUUGAUUGUUUUCUCAGGUGUAAAUAAAAAUACUUUCGGUAUAUAGAAUAAUUUUAUUGAAAAUAAUAAAGAAGUAAAGGUUGAGUGAUUUGAAUAGAGAAUGAUGAGUAUUGUGGUUAAUUUCAAAUAAUAGGUUUCUCUAGUUGUGAAUUGUAAUAGUAGGUUCACUAUAUUCUUGUCUAGUUAAGAUGAGAUCUUUCUAAUAAUGUUACUAUAUUGCCUUUUUUAAUGGUUGACAUUUUAUUUUUAAUUGA